CAGAGCAAAGGCACCAUGAGCACUGCAGGCAAGGUGAUCAGAUGCACCAUGGUAUCAUGGAAUCCUAGUUCCCCAGUUUCUAUUGAGGAGGUAGAAGUGGCCCCACCAAAGGCAAAGGAAGUUCGCCUAAAGGUGGUCGCCACGGGAUUCUGUGGUACAGAUUUCAAAAAUCUGGGCGCAAACAGAAACACCUAUUAUCCCAUCAUUUUCGGCCAUGAAGGAACUGGAAUAGUUGAGAGUGUAGGAGAAGGAGUAAGCACAGUGAAAACAGGUGAUAAAGUUAUCAUAUUGGGUAUACCACAAUGUGGAGAAUGUAACACUUGCCUGAAUUCUGAGAGCAAUUUGUGUACAGAAAUUAGAUCAUCAGAAACCCACCUGAUGCCCGAUGGCACCAGUAGGUUCACCUGCAAGGGGAAGUCAGUAUAUCAAUAUGGUACCAUAAGCACCUUUUCUGAAUACACUGUGACAAAGGAAAUCUCGGUUGCCAAGAUUGAUGCAGCUGCUCCUCUGGAAAAAGUGUGCAUACUUAGCUGUGGGUUUUCCACUGGCUUCGGUGCUGCAAUCAACACUGCCAAGGUGACCCCGGGGUCCACCUGUGCCGUGUUUGGCCUGGGAGGAGUUGGUCUGUCUGUCGUCAUCGGCUGUAAGGCAGCAGGAGCAGCCAGGAUCAUCGCAGUGGACAUCAACAAAUACAGACUUGAGGAGGCCAAGACAAUGGGUGCCACUGAGUGCAUCAACCCACAGGACAUUGAGAAACCCAUUCAGGAAGUCUUAUUUGAUAUGAUGGGUGCUGGUGCAGACUUUUGCUUUGAGGUCACUGGAAAGCCAGAAACUGUGGCAGCUGCCCUGGCCUCCAGCCACAAGGACCAUGGGGUCUGUGUGAUUGUUGGACUGAUAGGUGAAAAUGUUCAACUCAACAUCAGUACAAAAAUGUUUUUCUCAGGACGUACUUUGAAAGGCUCUGUUUUGGGAGGCUGGAAGACUAGACAGCACAUUCCCAAACUGGUUUCUGACUAUAUGGCAAAGAAGUUUAACCUAGAUUCAUUGAUUACCCACACUCUGACUCUGGAUAAGAUCAAUGAAGCAGUUGAACUAAUGAAAACUGGACAAUGCAUCCGCUGCAUCCUGCUGCCUUAAUUCCAAGGUGUGCUGCGUAUUAAUCAGCUGACUUGCAUUCUGUAUGGUUUUCAUGAUUUAUAAAUUAGGUGAAUCAGCCACACAAAGCUUUUCUAUUUUCUUGCUUCCAAUUCACUCAGGAGCAAUCUCAUACCUGGCUCCUCACUUUAUCACGUUGUCAAAAUUGUUCUCACAUGACACAGUGCCAUGCAGGACCAUUCUCCCUUUUACACCUGUGUUACAGUUCACACCAAGAUGCCCUUAUUGGCAUAGGUGCCAAUAAGACCUACAUUUCCUCACCCAUUGGAUCUUUCUCACAUGGUAUUAAGGUAGACCUGCAGUUCUGUCCAUUGAACACCAAAGAAAUAAGACUCCCACCAAUAUAUAUACAUAUAUGUGAACUAAUAAACAAUUAAGCAAACUUUAAAAAUCAACACAAAAAAAUUGAUAGUAUCAACUCCAAGUUAUCUGAAAUGGAAAUCAAGAAAGAAAUCUUACAAUAGCUGUAAAUAAACUAAUAAGUUAGGAAUAAGUUUAGCCAAAGGUGAAAGACCUCAGGCUGGAGACAUAGCUCAGGGGUUAAGAACACUUGUUAUUCUUCCAGAGGACCCAGGUUCAAUUCCCAGCACCCACAUGGUGGCUCUGUCACCCCCUUCCAGCCUUUAGGGGGAACUACUCACAUACCAGUAAACAAACCAGCAAUCAAAACACUUGUACAAAUAAAAAUAAAUCAUUUUUUAAAAAUUU